CCGGACUAAGUUAACGGGGACGACUCCCGCACCGAAGACCGCCCGCCUUCAGCUGCAGAGAGGGGGAGAGGAACGGAAAAAGGAGGCAAAUCUAUUUAAAGAAAAACCCCUCUCCCUGGUCAUCUCAAAACGAAGCAUCCACAAUCGUCGUUUCACAAUGUCAUACUACGAUAUCGAUGCUAUCCUCACCGAUGCCCAAAAAGUUCCGUGUACCUUCGAGAUCACGAUCCCAGGCCUGGGGUACUUGGAGGGUAAUUCAAACAUUGAUAUCAAGCAAGGAACAAGAGUUGAGCUUCCCCUUUGGCUCGCGGAAAUGCUCGGCGUAAGUCAACGCCUAGGCACAGAACAGAAUGUCAUAUCACUAGACCUUCCACCGGCGUUAGCCCCCAGAGUACAGAAUGCUCUCAAGGCGAAUCCUUGCACGGUCGACUUGAGAUCUCUAGCGUCGCAUUACUACUCCCUUGGGGAGCGGAUAUUGGGAUUGUUGGAGGAGGACGAGUUGGUUGAUAUUCUCUCCGAGACAUUCAAAAAGCGGGCGGCAGAAAUAGCAGACCACGCGCACAAUCCGCAAGGCGUCAUCAGCAGCGGCGGCGAGUUCUUGAAAGGCCUUGAUGAGAACGAACGACAACUCUUCAAAACCGCCCACGAAUCUGCAAAGGCAAUCCGCGCCUUCCUCUCAGACCGUAGCAGUGGUAAAAAAUAAAAAUAGAAAAUAGAAAAUAAAAACAGAUUAGAACCCCCCUAA